CUCUUCAUCCAUAGUUUGUGCUACUGAUUCCACUCACACAAUUAUCUUAUAAAAUACAGACGUUACUUAGAAAAGAAGAUGAUAACACCCUAUACGUGUCCUUACGCCAAUCUAGUCGCGCAUGUUAGUCCACGAAUUAACUCUGCCAAGUCAUUGGCUUUCCUGGCUCAGGCAACCCAAUCAUUCCACUGACUGAAUGAAAGAAGGCUAGAACUGACAUAAGACUUUAAAACAAAGCAAAAUAAGAUCACCUAAAACAUUUUCCUUUGUUCAACAAGUCAAGAUGAAAACAUCGACACUGUGAGAGGCAGAAAUGCAGUAACGCAGUUUAAUAGUGAUGCUAUUGAUGUUAUUUGGAAAUUCCCGAAAUCAUUUUAUGAUUUUUCCAACGUCAGCCAUAUUGUAAAAAAAAAAAGACAUCAAUAAUAUUUGCUGUAUAAAGGUAUAUAAAGUUAGCCUACAUAUAAUCAAGGUUACAAUGUCAAGAGGAAAGUUGAAACCAGAAGACGAAAGAUGUAUUCAAACAAAUUAUGUGUACUUGAAGGAAAACUUAAACGCCUUGGAUAUCGUCGACUACUUGUACCAACAUUCUGUUAUAACUCUGGAUGACAAACAAAACAUUUCAAAGCUGGACUUUCAAGGCCAGACAGAAACGAAGUACUUUUAAGCACUCUGCUUAACGCAGGUCCUGGAGAUGCCUUCAAGUACUUCUUAGCAUCAUUAUCCAAACAGUAUGUACAUGUACAGAAAAAGAUUCAAAAUAAAGAAGGUAGAACAGUUGACUCAGGAGAGCAGCAAACCCAAUCCCUAUUGAACAAACUAGCAGAUAAAGACAGAAUUAUUGCGAACUUAAAAAAGGAAAAUGAAGGUCUGAAAAUUGAUCUAAGUACGAAAAAAAUGGAGAUUGAAAAGCUUACGAAGGAUUUGAAGACUACAAACGAAGACCUGAAAUAUCAAAAGAGCGAAAACGUGAAACUACUGGACCAGUUAGCUGAAGCAUUAAAAAACGUAGACAGCUUGAAAGAAGAAUUAAAAAAUGGACGCAGUGCAACAGACGAAUUCCAAUUAUCAAUUGGUGAUGGAAAGAAAACAACUGUGUUUGGUAAACAUGAUCUAGAGAUUCUUUCAAAGAGCAAUGCUGAUGUACAAGAAGAAGCUGCUGGUUGUCUCAAGCACCCUGAACAUACUGAAUCAAUUCCAAAUGAAACAUUUAGUAUCAAUGACCUACCAGCUGGAUACCGAAACGAGCUCGUGUAUAAAUGUAUUAAAAUUUUGGCCGAUCUAACAGUCAGAAUAGCUGUUAGUACGACAAGCUUAGACAGGCCUGAAUUUAUACCAGGAACCACCUGCCCAUAUUAUUUUCGUGAUACAAGAGGUGAGAGUGUAACUAGAACUGGGACUGGGUUUGUUGUCAAUACGGUAAGGCUGGACUGUACAAACAAAAGUCUAAAUGCAUGCUCGUGUACUAAAUGUCUCCAGUCAGAAACUCCCAGCAAACGUUUCUGGAGAGUACGUGUUAUAACACCUCCUGCUUUAGUGUAUGACUUAACUGAAGCAAGACACACGACAGUAAGGCUGUUCUACGAUACAAAUGAUAGCCCGGGCUUUAUUCUCGACAACUGUGUGUACUUUGAAGUUAAAGCCGAAACAAAUUUAUUGGAAUUUGAUACAUGUGACAUUGAUAAUUGCCCUAAUCUCGGUUGGAAAUGUAAGGAGUUUAUUAAGUACCGUGAACAAAUGUCAAACUAUCUUGUCAACAAAAACCAUGACACAAUUUUUAUUGUUUCGCAUCCUCAUGGAAAUGUUAAAAGAGUCUCGAUUGGGAAACUUCAAUUCUCGAGUAGCAUUGACGAAUGCUUCAGUAAAAUCAUCUACACAGGAGAAACGUGUCCAGGCAGUACAGGAGCACCUGUGUAUCAGAUUGGAAAAGAAAAUCUAAGAAUCCACCAAGGAACCUCGCUAAAUGGCUUGAACUACAGCACCUCGUUCAGACACUAUAGAGGUAAUGGAAGAUCCCAAAGUGCAUCCGAUUGUCUUUUAUCUUGACGAAAACGUUUGCUAUAUCUAAUAAUGAACAGGGCUAAUUCAAGAUAUUUACUACUGAAGUUUACAAUAGGUUGGGUGACGUAAGACGCGAAAGUUUUUGCGUACUAAGCUGAUCCACCAUCUUGUAGGUAUUAUUUACUUUAGUAACUACUCAAGCUGUUUUUUUUCCAAACUUUUGACAUAACUGUACCACUAUUAUAAUUUUUGUAACGCUAAGCACACCUCACUCCCUUUCCAAUGUACUUGCAUGACACGAAUGAAAUUGUUUGUGCUGAUAUGUCAGAUUAUAUCAUUUGGUUUCCUGCUUGUUAAUUUUAAUCUGAGAUGCUGCUCCACGUCUAAUUGUCUGUUCCUUUUUUUUGUUCAACUUUACGUCUACAAGUGUUGAAAAACCAGCUGAAGUUGUAAAAGACAAGAUGUAUUUCAGAACUUUAACUCUGUUAAAGUCAGGUACACACGUUGUAUUUGUAGCAGGAAUAAUGUUGAAGUGCACUCCUUAACAAACAUUGUUUAAUUUUUAAGACACCAUCUAAAGCAGCGGUUCUCAACCUUUUAAGCUCAGCGACCCCUUUUUACAAUCCCCCACUCUGCUGCGACCCCCCCCCCAUACACAAAUACAGAAUUGUAGGGUAGACAAUAACAAUCCAUAUUUUCGAUGGUCUUAGGCGACCCCUGGCAAAUGGUCAAUCGACCCCCAAAGGGGUCGCGACCCACAGGUUGAGAACCCCUGAUCUAAAGCCAAUGUUAACAAUGAUUCUUUUUCCGUAUGUUACAAACUGUCUGUCACGGAUGCUGUGUUAGAGUUAGAUGUUAUCCAUUCAAUAGUUUCUGUAUAAAUGAGGGAGAUAAUUAGAGAACUUUCAAAAUACUUUGUUAUGCAUUUUAGAGUAUCAGUUUUACUUGUUGAAAUUAUCAUCAGCUCAUGAUGAAAGGGAGACAAGUAAUUUCUCCAUUACCAACUGUCUUUCGUCCUACAUUUAGUUUUAGCAAUGGCAGCGUUCACACUUUAUCUUGAAGGUGAACCAAUGAAUCGUUCUUCGCCUUGUCAAGAUAAGCUGAGAUAAUUUAAGACAAAGAAUAUAUCUGCGAUGUAUUCUAGUUUACAGAGCCAUUUCUAGUCAUGCAAACCAUUUCGAAACCAAAAUCUUUUAUUAACUCUUUCUCUCCGUAAUUAUUUUUUUCACGUUACAAUGCCAAUCACAAUUUGGCACCUUACUAUUUCACUCCCCUGUUAUAUUUAAGCUUCAAUAGCUUUGUUUGUGAUCAGAAAAUGUUGUAUUUGGUAUAGAAGUAAAGAGAAAUGCAUGCUCUUUUUUUUACAACACAAAGUUCAAGUUUAUAAAAUAAAACAUUAGUUUAUUUUAAUGAGGUCAAAAACCAACGAUGGUAUCGUCGAUCAGGAGAGAAAGAGUUAAGAAAACAUAAUAGGUUUUGUGUUAAAGUGCAGCUAUGUAUAUAUACAUUAAUCACUCAGAUAAACAACGAACAAUCUAGGUAUUACUACUUUCAUUGUUCUCAUACAUUUGCAAAAAAACAAAAGGCGUGUAUUCAUUGAAAGGGCUUUAAUGUAGUUCACUUUUUCCACGCUUUCAUGUAGAACUUUCAACAGCUCAGCGGUCAUCUUCCGUGUUGCUAAAGACUUUCUGUGUAUGCAACAAUCUGUGGACAUGACAUUUAGGGCAACAUGUUAAAUUCAUGCCACGAGUCCUUUAUUAAUGCUGAUCAUAAUUUUUUGCUCCAUCUGUGCUUUUUCCAAAAUAAAUCUAUUCAAAAUCAA